AUGAGCAAUUUGGAAGAAGCUGAAGUACAACUUUCUGAGUUAGAUUUGCUCUCUAGUAUGUUUCCUAAUGAAGAUGAAUUUAAGGUCACUGAUCAACUCGCUUUAGCAGAACUAAAGGAUCUUGUUGAAAGAUGUUCACUGGAAGUGCCAUCUUCAAAAAUACAAUUUAUGCUGAAAUUAGAAUUAGAUACACCUGGUGGUGAUAAGGCUGAGUUUUCUUUGUCCUGCGCAUUUCCAUUUAAGUACCCAGCUGUUCUUCCAGAAGUAACUAUCAGAUCUUCAUCCCUAAGCCGAUCACAGCAGAUGCAGCUAAACACAGAUCUCCUAGCUUACCUGAAGGAAAACUGUGCUGAUGAUGUUUGCAUAUUAAAUGCUAGAGAAUGGGUUAAAGAUCAUGCUGCUGCCUAUAUCAACAAGGAUCUCUCAUCUUCCUCUGGGGGGAAAUCAGAUGUUAAAAGAUCAGAAGAUAUUUUCACUAGACUCUGGAUUUACAGUCAUCACAUUUACAACAAGCAAAAAAGAAAGAAUAUAGUUGACUGGGCUAAGGAACUUAAUCUAUCUGGAUUCAGCAUGCCUGGGAAACCAGGUAUUAUUUGUGUAGAAGGCCCACAGACCAUGUGUGAGGAGUUUUGGGCAAGAAUCAGAAGAUUGUCAUGGCAACGAAUUUUAAUUCGCCACAGAGAGGACAUUUCCUUAGAGGGGACUGAAGAUGAAAUGGAGAAACAAAGGAAAUUUUCACGUUUUGAAGAAAAAAUAUUUGAUGCACAUGGUGCCAGGGGAAACCACAUGGAUCUAGGACAACUGUAUCAUUUUUUAGUUGAUAACAGAUGUGCUGAUAUCUUUCAAAUGUACUUUGGAGUUGAAGGACAAUAGGCAAGCAACUGAGGGAAAUCCAUGGAACAUUAAAUGAGAGUUGAUCAGACUUCCUUGUUUUUUCCUUUUGAUCUGAAUUUUUUCCAACAAAACAUUACUAAGAACUUUAUUACCUAACAUUUUAAUUGGAAGCAAGGACAGUGAUUUCAGGGAAAUCUCAGCAACCAGUCUGCAAGUAAUUUCCAGUUAUGAGGAGUAACAUGUUACAUUUGGUUUAUGAUACCCAGUCUCAUUCUCUUCUUUCUCCUUACCUGUUGCACCACACUAGCCUAUUACUGUGUUAAUUUAAUCUGUCUCAGGUUUGAAGAUUUGCAGUUGAUAUUGUAAUUUUUGAUAAAAGAAA